AUGCCUUCACAAUCGUCACACUUGCCAAUUAGACGCGUAUAUGAUACCAGAAAUAAUCGAAUAAUCGAAACUAUCAAAUUUAAUGAUAAAUCAAGCGAUUUCAAUCGUAAUUGUCUCAACAAGGUCAAAGUUGAUGUCAAGAUUGCAGCAUUAAGUUAUCCAAUUGAUUUUCAUCAGCAAUUGCAUAAUGUUGUACCAAGUAAACGAAUAAUUGUUAAGAAACGUCUUCAUAGAAAUAGUAGCAAUGAUAAAGCUAAGCAUACAAAGUAUUUGGUGUACCCAUACACGACAUGUCAAUUGGAAAAUAUUCAUCACGGUUCUCCAUGUUGUUGUGAUUUAACUUAUGGUGAAGAUCUAGACGGUGGUUUGCAAGAGUCGUUGUAUGUGCCUGAACUGUUACUUAUCCCAAUCCCCAAAAAUGUCAGCUUACAUGAUGUAUGUUUUAUAUGGUGCAUUAUACUACCAUUUUACAUUUAUUCAAGUUAUAUCACCAAUAAUACGUGCAUAAUAUUAAACGAUAUCAAACGGGAAAUCAACGAAGUGUUGAUUAUACUCAACCAUUUAAAUAUUGAUCAAGCUGGUAUCACAAUUCUUGACGAAUCAAAGAUAUCGCUGAAGUAUAGUAAUAGAUUUGAUACUGUAUUUUGCUUCAAUUCGAAAUUGGGUCAAUUUGCUGAAUUUUGUUGUCAACACCCUCCAACUGGGUUGGGUAUUGGAUAUAAACGUCAACGAAUAUCGAAAAUAUUUACCAAUUUCCCCAUUGUCGCAAAGGCAAGUGAUAAAAUAUAUCAAUAUAUGAAACUUGGAGUUGAAGAUAAAAAAUCGUGUAUUGAAUUGUUACAAAUUAUACGCGAUUUGAAUACUAGUCAAACUGGUAAACAACAUAAUGAUUCAAUCACUCAGCCAAGAAAUAAUUCCACAGCCACAACCGUAUCAUCGCUGUCAGCUAGUACCACAGAUGCGAUUUCCCUAAGACAAGAACAUAGCGAUAACCAAUCAAUAACGACCACGUCAAAUUCAAGCCAAGAACAGUAUAGUAAAGGACAUUGUUCUUGGUUCUGGUGUGAUGAAGAUGUAGAUUCAACAAAUUAUAGUGAUUUGAAUCUUGAUAUGGAUCAAAGCUUUGAUGAUGAUGAAGAUACAUGUUAUGAAGAUGAAGAUGUUUAUGAAAGCAGUGCUGUGCAUGACAUGAAUAAAAGGUUAAAUGAUGGGAAACCUCGUCGUGUGUGUUAUUUUAAUCGAAGUAUGAAACCAAAUGUCAACGCAAGUAUCAUCUAA